ACCAACUUGCGAGAGCACGUUCAGUUGUUUCGGAUCCGCCUCACGGAACGCACGCAUUUCUCUUAGGUAUACGGAAUAACUUUUCGUAACUUCAACAUGACGUUACGCUGCGUGCUCGCGGUGUUGGCUUUGGUUGGGGCCACGUUAGCCGGACAGGAGGUCACCGAACUUAAGGUUGAUGUGGUAAGCGUCCCAGAAGGAUGCACCGAAAAGUCUAAGCAGGGCGACAUGCUGACCAUGCACUACACGGGCACCCUCGACGACGGGCACAAGUUCGAUUCCAGUUAUGACCGCGAUCAGCCCUUCAGCUUCCAGAUCGGUGUAGGCCAAGUUAUUAAAGGAUGGGACCAAGGUCUACUGAACAUGUGCGUAGGUGAGAAACGCAAAUUGACCAUUCCAUCGUCGCUCGGCUACGGUGAGCGUGGGGCCGGUAAUGUGAUCCCCCCGCAUGCUACUCUCCAUUUCGACGUUGAGUUGAUCAACAUUGGCGACUCGCCUCCGACCACCAACGUGUUCAAAGAGAUCGACGCUGAUAAGGACAACAUGCUUUCUAGGGAAGAAGUGAGUAUCGAGUUAGCGUUCCAAGCAAUGGAUACCAAUUGGGACAAAGAAUUGUCUCGCGAGGAGGUCAGCGAAUACCUGAAGAAGCAGAUGGUGCCCCCUGAUGGUGUUGAAAUGAGCGAAGACAUCAAGCAGAUGUUGGAGAGCCACGACAAGCUUGUAGAGGAAAUAUUCCAACACGAGGAUAAAGACAAGAACGGCUUCAUUAGCCACGAGGAGUUCUCUGGACCUAAACAUGAUGAACUCUAAGUCUUUACAUUUAGUAACUAAUUUCCACUCCCACGAAUAUUCUAGUAAUUUAUAUUUCGAGGGAGAACUGCCUAUAAGACUUUCGAGUGUGAGUGUUCAUUAAACACCGAUUUUUAGAUUCAAAUUCAGUAUAGAUAGGGUUGUCAUAUAUAAAGUCAACUGAGAAGAAUAUGAUAUCUUUAGAACGACUUUUUGACGUUGACUUUUACUGUAUCUCCAUAUAUUACUAGUAUAAGUACUGUGUAGGUGUAAGAACAAUAAAUAAUGCAAGUCAUUGUUUUGAUGUGUAGGUACAAUAAUAUUUGUUUAAACUAAUUCUGUUACUUUAAAUUUUAGUAUGUUUAUUAUGGUUUUCUUUAAAAUCCAUCGGAUGGCAACCCUUUAUACCUAAAACACCAUACUGUCACAACUCGGUCUGCAGUUGAAUGUGGGCUUCCAUACGCAUUCUCCAUUAUGUGACGCGUGUGUGAGAGUCAUUUUUAAACAAGUUUUGUUGAGUCUUUUGUACUUAGUUUACCUAUGUUGUUGACGUAACUAUGAAUUUGUUAUAAUGUUAGGAUUAUAUAUAUUGUAAUAAAUACUUAGACUAAAUAUUUAGUCGUAUAUAUACAAAUCUAAUUUCAAGCAUAAUAUUAAUCUAAAUUCGUUUUGUAUAAAAUUACUUUCUCCUUCAGUGUUGCCAUUCUAUUGAUGGUUUCAUUCAAAAGUAAGCCUUAUAUCCUGUCAAUUAAACUCUGAAUUCUGUAUUGUAUCUGAAUACAUUUCUUAUUUGGUCGUUAACUAUUCAAUCAGGGUCCUACCUUAAGUUGUAUCUUCAUUAUAAGUUGUAAAUAUUUACAGUUAUCGAAAUUUGUCUGUAUGAAAUGUAUUGAAAUAUCAACACAAUAUUGUAUUACUUGCAUAAUCAAUACGAUUGUAAUCAAUUGCAUAAUCAAUAUUACAUAUUUAACUCUUAUUCUGUAUUAGGUACUUCUAUAAAUAGAAGGCAAGGAUAAAUUUAUAGGAUACUGCAUAUGAAUAACUUUUCAAUUACGUAUGUACACGAUGUUAUACACAUUAUUGAUAUAACUCCAUUCAAUGUUCAUUCCGCUGAUAUAAUAAACAUAUUUAAAG